CCUCAGGUAAGAUGACACAAAAAACCUGAAUCCAAAAUGGCGUCGUUGACCAAACAACAAUAAGACAGUAAGAGUUCGCCAUUGUGUAGGAUUGUUUCGACUGUUGAGAUCUACCUGUAGCAGCAUGCUGAUACCUAAUAUCACCUGACAGUUAUAGUGGACAUGGUGUGGGAUAAAGUCCUGCUGUGCGCUUGUGCCCUCCUGCUGAUGGAGGGCACCAGCGCCAAUACUUAUAACAUGGAGAAGUGUGACUAUGCUGGAUUCCUGGAUGUUCCUGAAGGGGCUCCAGUCGUUGUAAAUGGAGGCAUUUUGACCAACACAGUGGUACCCAAUCCCUGCAGUAUUGUGUUCCGUGCCACUAACCCUGAGCAUACACUCACCAUUGACCUGACCGUGCUCAACCUCAUCGACUGUACAAUCACUCUAAACUUUAUCUACGGCACUGAUGUAGUAUGUCAUCAUAUUUAUAUAGGGG